UUGUAUAAACUUUAACUGGCCAAGCCUUCUUUAAUGUUUAGGGGUGUGGCUAAGCAGUUAGCUCCGCCUCUAAACAUGGCCUUUAUUUUAACUGUACAAAGUGUAAGGAAGAGCUUCCAUCAUUUAUUUAGAAGAUAUUCAGGCAGCAAAGAGCCGCUUCCAUUUCUCAGUAGUCCAGCAAGAGACUACAAAUAUUUGGACAUAAAUACUUUAGGUAGAUCAAGAAGCCCAUUCUACGGGGUAACGAUUGGUGCUGGUCUCCUCGGUGUAUUGGGCUAUUUUUGCUUCUUUGUUGAUGAUGGCAGUGAUAACAGUAAUGGUGGCAAUACUGUUAAUGAAGGAAAAAGUGAUGUUAAUGAUGAAAGCAAGAACAGUGACAGUUCUUUGAAUAAAAAAGAAGCCAAGUCUUCUACUAAGAAUUAAUCUGUUGUCAUCGUAUCAUAUUUCUUGUUAUUAAUUUUUAUUUAUUAAUCUUUACAAGAGAAAAUAGACAAAAUGAUUCUCUUCUUUCAUAGUCUCUUAUG